AAUCUUGGUGUCCCGUGUGGACAGCCUGUCAUCUAGAUUGUUUGUGGUGUAGACAAUAGAAAAAAAAACCUUGUGUGAUAAGCGAAAAAGCGGACACAUUUAGAGUUUUCCCUAGUGAGAGGGCUUGUCUAGAGGGGUUUUUGCACAAGCAAAUGAAAAUACAAAUCCAUUCCAUUCCAUCCCCCUCAUGACAGUGAGGAUGGGUUGUGUAUGUGUGUGUGUAUGUGUGCUGAUAUAAAAUAUAAGGAAAAAAAUUGGCAGGAUCCUUCUGUGUGUGUGUGUGUCAGUUCCUUAUUGCGGUUUGAGUCUCCCCAAUCCGUGCGAGAUGAGCUGUGAGCAGAUCGAAAACUCGAUGAGAAUGAGAUGAAUGAGAUGUAGUGAGCAGAAAGUGAACGCAAGACGUUUGAAUGUGUUGGUGCGGAAAAUUCGAACGGUUUUUAACAGAGGCGUGUGAGUGUGCGUGUGUGCGUGGUAUGCAUCGAAACGUGUGCACAUUUUCUCACAUUUUCACGUUUGCUCGCUCACCCGUCCAGCUCUGGUGCUCACGUUAAGCGAAAAGCCCCAUGCGGAAUGGUUUUCCGUCGCAGAGAAUGAAUCGGGGGCAGCUAGAGCUGAGCUCACCAGUAGUCAACAUUUUCUAGUUAUCGCGCGGAUCCUCAACGUCGGUAUCCCGUGGGCCCGUAAGCCCUUCCUUCUAAUGAAUGUGUGCACCAGUGAGGGGAAAAAAGAAACAUAAAUACAUAAUAAAAAGCGGCACACAAAUUGAAACACGUUUGAUCCUGGCCAAAGAGUGUUAAUUAAAAAAGUGAAAAAUGACGUUAAAGUGUUGAACGCAUUAGCAGAAUGCUUGGUAUCACGUUCAAGGUUUGGAUUCGCUCCAGAGUGGCAACCGUAGUGUGAGGGAACCGAUGACGAGUGUCAUCGAAAUCGAUCGUCUCUCUGAUGAUGAAGUGCUGUUAAAGUGCGGUGUACAUGUGUGUGUGUGUGUCUGUGGAAGGAAAAUCACAACGUCCAUGUGUCUAAGAACCAUCGUUGUAUAGAACCUAUCCUACCGGAAGCUGUACAGGAACGCCAACGUGUGUACCGUAAUGAUUUUUGGAUGAAUGUGUGUGAUCCGUGUGAUUAAAUAAAAAUAAAAGUUUAAAGUGAACAUCCUGCUCGUUUGUGUGUGUGUGUGUGGGGAGUUGGUUGUGUACAUAAUGCAUCCGGUGUGGAACAACGGUACAGUUAAGGGCUCGUCUACCAGGGCAAAGCUACCGAAGCAUUCGAUGCAGACGGUGAAAGCAUUGUUAACGGGGCGAUGCUACCGAUAAAGGUACACACCGUAGCAAAGAGAGAAGAAAAUCCCCUUUAUAGCAGAGCUCGAAUGAUCUGACAAAACCAAACCGGAAGAAGGUUGUGUCGCAACGGCACGAAAGGAAAAGUAAUUGCAAAAAGUGAAAAGUGUUCUGCAAUAGAGACGUUGCCGUUUAGCAAAGUCUUUUUGAGGGUGUCUGCGUGUGUGUGUGUGAGUGUAUGUGAAAAGUGAGGUUCAUUGUGUAAAAUGGGCAACUACUGUAGUUCCGGACAGACGAAAAAGGAUAAGGAUAAUGUUUCGGAAAAAUCCGAAGAAUCGCCCUCUUAUCAGCUGGCGGAUAAGGGAAAGAGUAAGGCAAACGAUGUAAAGGAGGCACCGUUAGCGGCACCGGAAGUCACAUCGGAUGCAUCCGGUACGGGCCAAAUUUCAAACAGCUCCAACGCUACUAAUGGGUGCAACUCGUCCAAUGUGGCGGGCGCUGGUGGAGCUGAUGGGGCCAGAGUACAACCAAAAGCACUCCAGAACGUGCAAUCGAUGACGCUGUCGGAUUCCACCACGAACAGCCCGAUGACCGUGUCGCCACCAUGUGAUAUACCGCUAGUGCAUCAGAACUUACCGCAAAACCUAACACCACUGUACGGCAAACCGACAACCAAUAGGCGAACGGAUAAGUACAAAAAGAUCGUCCUUUACAUACUGGCCGCGGACGAUGGAUUCCAAACGGAGAAGGCAAUGCUGCGGGAGGUGUUUAAGACAUUGAACCAGAAAUGUCAAAGCCGCGGGUUCGAACUGCAUGUGGCCGAUCUGCAUGUGCUGCAGCCGAAAGGUAACAGUUUCGACGUAAACAAAUGGUUUAGUGGACCGCUCGAGGCACAGGGUGGCCAUGAGCUGGCCGCUAACUGUUUGGCGGAGAUUGCACGCCAAUCCUGUGACUCGUACCUUAUACCGGUGCUGUUCCUUGGCGGUACGUUGGGUGAUCCGCUGCUACCACUGACGAUCGAAAGCCAGGACUUUGUCGCCGCGCUACAGAUAGCCGAACGGAAUCCAUCGGAACGAGCGAUUCUCGAGAAGUGGUACGUGCUGGACGACAAAUCGCAACCUGCGUGCUAUCGGUUGAAUGCUACCGCCACACCGCCAAUGGCGACGGAGGAAUCGCAGAAGGAACUCGCGUUACUGCUGCAGACGUUGAUUGAUAUAUUCUCAAAGGAGCUGCGUGACUCUUACUUAACCACCGUUGUUGAACAGGAAAUCAACAAUACCGUUCUGAUUAGCCAAGAGCUUUCGAAGCGUUGCAUCUGGGUCCAGAGUGCAGUAGCGGCACCAAAAUCGGAGGGAUUAUCCUCUGUCGAGGCGGAAAUGGUGCGAAGGUUGUCCAACAUACAGAACGAUCUGAAGAAUCAACUUUCCGAGAAGCACAUCAUUCGGAUUCCGGCUAACAUUGCCCAGCAGCAGCAGGAACAGUUUGGUACGAUGUUGGACAGCUGUUUGUCGCAUGAGAUCGAUUCCAUCAUCGAUGAACACGUGAGCAAGUACUCCAUACCGCACUGCACGUACGGUGUCGAUCGACGUCUGUUGAGUGAGCUCGAAGAGGUGAACCGACAUUCGCGCGUGUUGAACGAAAAUUGCGCCAACUUCAGUACGACCGAACGUGUCCGCGAAUAUCUUACAUCGGCACGGGGCAAACCGCUUGUUGUGUACGGGUCGAUGGGUGCAGGCAAGAGUGUCUUUAUGGCAAAAUUGUCACAAAAUCUGCACACCUGGCUGCCGGAGUCUCAUCUCGUGAUGAGAUAUGCAAACCUUACUAUUCAAAGUUCUGACGUUACUGGACUGUUGGGGUCGAUCACGGAGCAGAUAUCAGUAUUAAUUAAAGGAGUACCGACCCGCUGCCAGCAUACCAUUCCAUCAUAUGCUGGUGUGCUGAAGUCAUUGUUGGAAAGCUCGAAGCAACAGAUCACCAUCCUGAUCGAUUCAAUCGAUGCGUUGCGUGAUGUGGAGGAGCUCGAUUGGUUACCUGUGACGCUGCUAGACAACGUGAAGCUUGUACUGACGGUUAGCUCCGCUGGCACUGGACAGGAUCUAGCGAAUGCGGAAAGUGUUGUACUCCAGCGCUUGCGUGAACGGAUUGGUGACGAUAGUUGCUUCCUGUAUCUUACACCAUUCACCCAGGAACAGUGGGAAGAUGUGCUAUGCUUCGGUGGAGGCGAUAUUUACGCUGCUAACGGUGCAUUGCAGCUGCCAGAAUGUUGGAAAAAGUCGGGCGAGAAAAUUUCAAUUCAAGCGAAGAUUCUCUGGUGGCUCGGAUGGCUUGGCAUCACCAAUCUUUCCGACACAUCCGUAUCACACAUCAGCGAACGGGUGUUUGAGAUACUGGAGGAGAAGUUUACUGCUGCCAUCGUUAGGUUGAUCGUUUCACUGCUGCUGGCCUCCCGGGAGGGUCUGCUGGAGACGGAAAUCAUUACACUUAUAAGGAACUCUAACUUAGUUACCGGAUCAACAACAAAACUGUGGACACACUUUUGCUGGAAGAUGGGACCACUUUUUCUGCACAAUAAAAACAUUAUCGUCGUCGAUAGGACACUACGGCAGGUGGCGGAAAAGCGGUACGAAGCCGACAUUAAGCAGGCGCAUCGAAUUCUGUACGAUUACUACGAGCUGCAGCCGAACGUGUUUGUCGACAAGAAGGGCAAAGAGAAAUGUUUUAACUAUAGGAAGAUUGUCGAACUACCCUAUCACAAGUACAAGCUCGAUGCGGUAGCGACCGAGAGCGCUUUUACCAACUCUCCGUACCUGACCGAUCUAGCCUGGUUGCAAGACAAACUGAUCGCUACCGGAUGUGUUCAUAUUUUAAACGAUAUUUGGCUAGUGGAUGGUACCGCUAGUGCUGGUACUCAUGUGGCGCUGCUCAAGUCAUUCAUCGAGAUGCACUUUAAGGCGCUCAACUACGACGGACAUCAGCUGUACUCGUUACUACGUCCGGUUCUGGUUGCGGAGCGGCAGCGUGCCGGUUCACCGUACGCGAACAGUGCGAUCGUACAGCAAUGGUUAGAGACGAUCGAUAACAGUACCGUUCCGUUCCUGGAGAGGUUGAUGCUAGCAGAGGAUGCAGAUGAUAAAGAGAAGCAAACAGGUGACAAGCAGCCGAAUGUUGGGUUCGAUCUGAUGAUGAACUUAAGCAUUGAGGGAUACUUUGUCAUAUCGCUCAGUACAGAACGGGAAGAAAUCUGUGUGUGGGAUGUUGCAAAGUGUCGUAAGGUGCGUACACUCACGGGAGUUCCUCAACCGUCAGAAAUCUGUCCGGUCGGUGAUUAUGGCGUAGCGGUACUAUGUCGCAGAGAGAUUCGUAUUAUCGAUCUGAACGAGGGCAAGUUUAAGGUGACGCUAAAGGGCGUGAUGAACCAGAAGAUGCCAUACUUUGGACUGCACGAUCCGUCACACCUUGUGUGUCUAUCGCGCAACCGUAUGUAUGUGAACCUGAUGAACAUCGAAUCGGGUGAUUGUGUGACCACGUUCAAGGCGGGUGAAGAUCGGUUCCUGAACUCACUCCUCGUAUCUGGUGAUGGCAGAAUUCUCGUAUGUGGUGAUGAAACGCAAAAACCUUUCCCAUUGCUGGUGUGGCAUCUGUCGCAGAAGAAGCUACUGUACGAUCUGCGCAUACCUCACCAUGAUUUUAUCACCUCGCUGUCCGCAAUUACGCACGAAGGUUCGUACGUGUGCGUGGUAGCAAAGGAGCUAGCGGAACCGAGUCCCAACUUCAUCGUGGUGUACGAUCUGCAGAGUGGCACACUGUUCAAGAAGUGGAAACCGUCCUGCAAUACGGUUUCGCUAGCGAUCUCGCAGACCAACACCUGCGUCAUUGCUGGGCUGGAAGAUGCGCGAAUUUUAAUCUGGGACUUGGUGACUGGUAACUGCCGAAGUACGCUGGUCGGACACAGCGCUCCGGUGACUUUGUUGAAGAUAGAUCCAACAGGCAAAAUUUUACUCUCCAGCGAUAAGGAAGGGCGCGACCUGUCUAUACGACUCUGGCAGCUCGAUAAUGGCAAUUUGCUGGCCGUGUACACACCGGAGGAACGUAUCACGACGUGCGAAAUUCUCAGCGGUGGCUCGUACCUGGCACUGGCGCUAGAGAAUCGUCACAAUCUGAUCACACUAAAGCUUCGGUCUGGUAGCGAUGGGUCCGAGGAGGAUCGUUCGUUGGUAGUAUACGGUAAUUCCGAACACGAUGGUAAGCAAUUCGAUUUGAAGCAGUAGAAGCAGUUAAGCGGAAUGUAAGAUAAGUCGCUUCCUUCACUAGAUGAAUGAAUCUCCCAACACAAGCGAACGUUAGCUAACGAAUUGUGUUCAUAAUUGCAUACGAAUAUCACCAACUGGGGUGCAUAUUCUCUCUACUGCACCACUUAUGUCAAGUGUUCGAAUGAACUCGGUAACAGAUAGAUAAAAGAUUUAAAAAAAAUCCACUCUCGUUCAGCAAAAGCAAAUUAAAUGCAUCCAUUGCACAUCCACAUCUCUUCUAAAGGUUAACAGAGUCAUUGUAACGUGAAGCAAAAGUUUCCUCACAAGCAUACAUGAAUAGGUGUAAGACUUUCACACAGAACAGCAGAAUGCAUGCAGCAUGUAAAAUAGCUUCGAUAAACCAAGAAAAACACAGCAUUAAAAAUAAAACGCACUUUUAGCAAUCCUUGCCAGGCGCAGUAACGUUACACGAAGCGAAACAAUGUGUAGUGAAGGACAACUCAACCUUCGUUCGAUUAUCUUCCUUCAUAGAGUAAAUGUGGACACACUAGGUAUGAACGAACAGUAGGAUGGAUUGUGCAGCUGUUAGCAAAUAGUGUUAGCUCACUGGUUACUGCUCAGAUAACUACUUAAAGUGACUAUAUUUUCUUUGGUGAAUUAGUUCUUUUUUGCGGUUCGGUACUGAACUGUCUUGAGCCGCUGGUCCGCGGUUGACUCGAUCGCGAAUGUAACUCGCGGCAUUCAACAGAGAUCACACAGUCAUCGCUCAAAAAGUCUGCUAAAGUCUGUAAGCAUUAUUUAAAAAGUUUGAAAAGAAUCGCUUUCCGUUUAUUUUAAAUUACUAAACUCAAAACGCCGAUGAACAGGUUUGCACUAUUCUGUUAUUUGAUUGUGAUCGAAUAUCGUUAAUUAUUAUUUAGUUAGGUUAAGUAUGUUUGUGGCCAUACUAACAGUAGACACACAUCCCCCAUUGGCUUACAAUGGACAAAGAAUUGGAUCUGGUUUGCAAACUAGUUUUGUACAUUAUGUUGUUUAAAGUUUUAUUUAUUCGCACCUAUUGGUAUUGCAAAUUGAGGCACUGUUAAUGAGUUCGUUUGGCUGUUUUAUUCAUUACAUGACAUUAAAUGAGAAACCAAAACCUUUUCAAUUCGUGAGAUCACUUUACCCAAAUACAGGGAAUGUUUCGAAGAAGUUCGUUUUUAAAUCAAAAGGCUUUGUACCCCGAUUUUGUAAUGGUUUACUUCCUUUUGUGCUUAGUUAUGUCUAGCAAAACAGGAGACUAAUAGAAUAUCCAACAUAUACGCACCACCCUCUAGCUAGUCCUACAUAGAGCAAUAGUUGUAAAACUGUAAACAGUUAAGAUAUCAAUAGAAGAAACAAAUAGUAGCUAUUAUAGCAGUACCGUGCAAACCAUGCAAACAUAAGAAAGAAAACACAAAAGAAACCAUUUAAAUAAUAUCAUUCAAUCGUUUGAUGUCAUCACAAAGCGAAUAGUCACUAGCGAGAGAACGAGAGAGCCAACUGGAUACAAUUUAGCAAUCACACAGAGUGUGCAACAUACAAAAAUUAUUCAAACCAUAGCAUAGAACCAUACGCAAGCGAAGGAAAGAUGUAAGCGGAGUCCUAAAACCCACCCACAUGCUCCAAAGAUCGCCACCUGAAACAGCAAGAGUAUAUAAAUCUAGAAAAAAAACAUCUCAUCUGGAAUGAGAUAUUAAGGCUGGUCCUUGAUAAUGAAAUCUUGCACUGAAUACCAAACCACGGUCUGAACACGAUGCUUCUGAAACAAGUUCAAUAUUCACGCUUGAAACCACCCUCUCUUUUAACAGCUGUGAAACAUAAACCAGAUACUAGAUGUAUGUGUAGUGUAUAGCGCUGCUUUCCCGGUAACCAUAGGUCAACAAAGCGGUGGUUUGGAGACACGGUAUUUACAUAAGUGGGUGUGAUAGUUCCAGGGUUUUAGUUACCGUAACCGUAGCCAGCAAGCAGUGUGCGGAAUAGUGUAGAGGAAAGGUCGAACCCUUCCCCAGACAGUUAUGAAUGCAAACGUAUGCGUGUAUGCAAAUGCAAAAUGGCGAAAAGUGUGAAAUGAAAUCGGCGAAAACAAUGAUCGCACAUAAAUAGUACGCAACUCCUUUCCGGAAACAAUUAAUCGAGAACGCAACAAGAAAAAAGAUAAAUCAAAACAAAACCAUGUUUUUUUGUUUUUGGUUGGAAAACAAAUGCUCCGAAAAGACGCGCAAACAAAUAAAUAGGAAAAGAUUCAUACAUAUAUGAGUAAAACGCACAAGUACAUCAAGUAAACACAUUAACACAAGCGGAACGGAAGGAAUGGAUGAAUGUGGAUGAAGAUAUAAUAUAAAAGCAACACAAACACAACAUAUAUGCGAUGAAGUACUAUCAAUUUUUAUGUAAAAUCUUUUAAGUAAUAUUAUAUUUGUUACUUUUGAUUUAUAUAUAAAAACAUGUAUGUGUGUGUGUAUUUUCAAGAUGAGAACAAGCAGAAAAAGCUAUUAUACGUAUACAUAUAUAUAUAUAUAUAUAUCACGAAAACAAAACGGAGACAUUGUAACAGCAGCAAAACAGUAUAAACUGAUAAAAAAGAAAACUGAAUAUUGAAACUACCGA